AUGUUACCAAACAAUAAUUACUAUACUCCUUACCAAAAUCAAAAGUUUAAUAACAGUAGUAGCAGCAAUAAUAGAACGUAUAACAGCAGCAACACUGAUACUACCACAGGAGUUACUAAUGAAAAUAAUAUAAUGAGUGGUAAUACUAGAGCUGGAUUAGUCAGUGAUAGUGGAAUCGAUAAUAUUCCACUCACUCCCAUUAGAAGUCAGAAUAAUAAUGGUAGUAUUAGUAGUAACACUGGUACCGGUGCCACUCAACAACAACAACAACAACAACAACAAAAUCAAAAACAUCAACAACAGCAACAACAUCAUUAUCAACAACAACAACAAACAACUGUAACAUCAAAUACUACAACGACAACAGGAUCCUCAAGAGCACAAUCAUCACCAAAUUUAUAUGAUAGAAUGUUAUCCUCUCAUAAUAACAGUAAUCAGAGUAGUAAUAGGUCAUCGUUACAUAAUAUGUCACAACCUAAUAUUCCAGGUCAGGUCAUAUUAGAAGAGGUGAUAUCCGACGAAGAAGAUACAUCAUAUCCUCAAACACCAUUCUCAAGAUACAGUAGUAGUCAACAUUCAUCUCCAUCACAAAAGCAGCAACAACAACAACAACAGAGUUCAUCAUCAUUCAUAGAUGACGACUCACCCUUAACUCCCUCCAAAUUCAAGACAACCAAGACACCCAGACGUUGGAGAUUAGUACCUGCUCAUUGUACAUGUAUUAUACAUGAUACUGAAGAUGGCCAACAACAUCAACAACAUGAUAUUAAUUGUAAUACACAACAACAACAACAACAACAGCAACAACAAAACAAAACAAAUACCACUACUCCUACUUCUACUUCCACAAAUAAUAAUAUACAUUCUACAACAUCAACAACAAACUAUACACCUUCAACACCGAUAUCGGGAUCUAAACCACCAAUAAUGACACCAAACCAUCAUCUUAUGAAUAGUCAACAGCAGCAACAACAACAACAACAACGUAUGAAUUAUGAUACUCCUACAUCCGCUGCAAACAAUAGCAACAGCAAUAUAUCACCAAGCAGAUAUCAAUCACAACCACAACAACAAUAUCAACAUCAUUACAACCAGCAACAACAACAAACAUUUUCAACACCAUCAAGUACAUCUUUUUCUAGUCGUACAAGUAGUAGUCCAAGAAAGAGACCCGACUACAACGUCUAUUCCAGUGGAAACUACGCUCAGGAGUUGAAUCUUCUAAAGAAAGAAUCGAAAUCACUCGAAGAUGAUUUCAACAACUCACAAAUCUCACAGCCAUAUUUCACGCCAGUGUCAACCGCUUCACAGUAUCAUCAUCAACAACAACAACAACAACAACCAACCUCUAGAUUCUUUAAUUCAUCAACAACUACACCAUCCAAUUAUCAAAUGAUGAACUUCUCAGAGUAUGAUGUUGAAUAUAACGAUAGACCAGACAACAAUAGCAAUAAUAGAUCACGUGAGAUGUUGGAGCAAGAGAUUCUCGGUACUCAAGAGACUGUCGCCGACAAGAUCGACCAACUGAAACAGAAGCUGGUAAUGGCUGAACAUGCAUUGACUUCCGCUGAAUCGAGAUACAACACGAUCGAGGAUGAAUCGAGACGAACCGGUCGCGUCAAUGUAGAGCUACUCGGCCGUGUCAAUCAGCUGACGGCAGAGCGCGACAAGCUGGCAAACGCCAUGCACUCGAACCUCGACAACUCGAACUUGAUCAACGAAAACAACAAGCUGCGACGUGUUAUCGACGACCAAGAACGUAUCAUCGCAGAGAAGAGUGUCGACGAUGCACUCAUCUCCGAUCUGGUACAGGAGAUAUCGCAGCUAUCGUCCGUCAUCGAUCAGAAGCUGCUAGAGGCAGACCAAAAGGAUGCGUACAUUCGCGAGAGACGCGAGGAAAUAGUGAUGCUUGGCGAGCGACUGCGCAACAUGCAAGAGGAUCAUUCCAACCAAUCGAAAGUCGAGCUACUCCUACAUGAACUGGUCGCGCUACGGCAACAGAGCGAGGAACUCGACCGAUUUGCAAACGCCAAGAUCAACCAGGAGCGAAACAAAUCGCAGCAAUCCGAUGUACAACGACGCCACGCCGAAACGAAGCUACAACAACUCGCCAUUGAGAUGAGCGAACUAAAGAGAACGAAUGAGAUGCUGCAAGGCUCCGAUAGGGAGGAGCGCGAACGUCGUGUAAUCAGUGAGAACCAAGUUGUCUUGCUUCGAGAGACGAUCGAUCGGAUGACAAAGAAUGAGCUGUCGGUCAAAGAGGAGUUGGCGCAGUCCAAGAAGGAGUGUCAAUCUCAGAGUGAAGAGUUGCAACGUAGUCAGGGAACCAUUGAAGAGCUGAACCGAAUGUUGGAGCAUCUGAUGGCAGAGAACGACGAUAUGAAAGAACGACUAUCGAAGGUGCAUGUAGUCAUCGAGAACUCGCCAAGAGUACAGCUUUCCGACCAACAAAUUCAAGUUCUUACACCUUCGCGUGUGAGAAGAACAACUUUCGAUUCGUUGUACCAAAGUCUCUAUAAAUCAACUUCAGCGGUACCCACUGGAAACAACCAUCAUUCGAAUACCAAUAGUUCAGCAACAGCAUCAGCAACAGCAACAACAUCACUAUCUUCUUCUUACAGUAGUACCUACAGACCAUUCUCAUAUACACAUCAACAUCAACAACCACCAGUAUUCUCUAGUUCCUCCUCAAACAAAAACACUCAGAAUAAUAAUAGUAGUAGCAGUAAUAACAACAUCUUUGGUACCAACUCAUUCUUUGAUAAGUAUCGUGAGAUGGACGACGAAAAUGGUGACGACGAAGACAUCAUCGUCAACAACAAUCAAAAAGAACUGACACAAGAAGAACUCGCUCAAACACUUACUAGCAACAGCAGUGGUAUAAAUACAGACUCUGGGGAGAUGCACGAAGAGUUGAACGAAGAAGAAGAAGAGGAGGAAGUAGAGGAAGAGGAAGUAGAAUAUGAGGAACAAGGAGAAGAUGAGGAACAACAAGUGUCCAGGUUAAAUGAAGGAAGUGACCAAGAGGAUGAUAUUACAUCCAAAGAGAGUCAACUCAACAAUUAUCAUACAAACGAUAUAGAGGAUGAUGGUGAAAGUGAUAUUUUAGACAACGAUUAUGAUGGUUUGGAAUUUGAAGAUGAAAAAGUAGAUGUAGAGCAACAUGCUAGCAACUCUGUUUUCGAUCAGACCCACAAUAUGUUGAAUGACCUUGAACUUGAAGAUGACCCUGUCGAUAUGUUUAUGGUAGCUUCUCCAUCAACUGACAACACUAAACAAUCGAUUCUGACCAAGUCAAAAGAAAACCAUAAGACAGCACCACCACCCAAUGUAGUAGAAAGAAAAAAAUUGAAUCUACGUGUAAACUCUGGUGAACUAUGUGUGAGAGUUGGUGGGGGAUACGAGAAACUUGAGGACUUUGUUAAUAAGGGUAACCAGAAUAUCAAGUGGCAAAAAGAUGGAAAAUCAAUAUCGCAGAAUGAGUAUGAUAUACAUAUUGAUAUUCAUACAUAA